AUGAGUGCAAAUCCGGAGAUCAACCUCCCGAGAGACUCUGAGCUUGGAGAGUGCGCAGAUUCAAGAAGCCAAGCGGGAAUAAGCAUAUUGCCGGAUAUGCGCAGGCCUUCCGCAGAGGAACCGAGGGAUCGAAAUUCCACAGCGGAACCAGAUAACGACCCAGAGACAGACUCCCACUAUGGAAAACAAAGCACCAGUAGCGAGUUCAUACCGCAAGAGAACGUGCAGGACUCAGAAAUCGUUUGGCGUUAUCUCACAUUCGACACCGAACUCCCACACGCGACCACGAUAUAUCCGACUCAAACCGAACAAGAAGCGCCACCCGAACCUCCGAACCUCGUCAAAUACACAAAUCCUUUCGACUGGUCAGAGACAAGAAAGAGAUUCACGAUAUGUGUCUCAUGCAUCAUCACCGCUCUCACAGCGUUCUCGGCUGGCGCUUACAGCCCCGGUGUUGAGCAGAUGACGCAGGAAUGGGGUGUCAGCAGUGUUGCAGCGCUGGUCGGCAUCACGACCUUCACCACAGGAUUCGCUAUCGCGCCGAUGGUUCUUGCCCCGUUUUCUGAGAUCAACGGUCGCCGGCCAGUCUUCCUCGCUUCCGGCAUUUUGUUCGUCAUCUGCCAGCUCUGUUCUGGCCUCACGCAGUCAUAUGCUGGAAUGCUCGUCGCGCGCUUCUUCUUGGGCGUGGGCGGAUCUACAUUCUCCACUAUGGUUGGUGGCGUGGUCUCAGACAUCUACCAUGCUGAGGAUCGGAACACACCCAUGGCUCUCUUUUCGGGUGCUGCUCUGUUUGGUACUUCAUGGGGACCUUUAGUAUGUGGCUUCAUCGCGCAGAACACGACUUGGAGGUGGAUCUUCUACGUACAGGCCAUCUCAUGUGGAGCGGUGGUGGUGCUGAUCUGUGUCGUAUUCAAGGAGACCCGCGGCUCGGUUCUCCUGUCCAGGAAAGCCAAAGCUUUGAACAAGUGGUAUGAGGCGCGCGAGCAGUCCGGAUAUUACGGCUUUAAUGUCAACAAUACCGAAAAGCCAGGAUCCUUGGAAUCGCUGCGUUUGAGGUGGAAGGUGCGAUCUGAUGAAGAACGAGCAUCGCUUGGCAAGAUGAUAGGCGUUUCUCUCUACCGGCCAUUCCAUCUGCUCUUUACUGAACCUGUCGUCUUUUGGUUCUCGCUCUGGGUUGCCUUCUCCUGGGCCGUACUCUACCUCACGUUGGCCGCGAUUCCGCUGGUAUUCCAAAACAACCAUGGUUUCUCGCUACAGCAAGCCAACGCAGUCUUCGCAUCGAUGGGAAUAGCCAGCAUCCUCUCCACCAUCUUAUCCAUCUACCAAGAGAAAAUUGCGAAAAAGAGUGGGAAAUUGACAGGCACACCCGAAGGCCGCUUAUACUUUGCUUGCAUAGAAAGCGCAUGCAUGCCCAUCGGUCUCUUCAUGUUUGGAUGGACAAGCUUCCCCGAGAUACACUGGGUUGUGCCCGCAAUCGCGAUCGGUAUCGCUACCGUUGGCAUCUUCAGCAUCUACCUGGCGACUUUCAAUUAUCUCGCGGACACAUACCAUCGCUAUGCGAGUUCAGCACUGGCGGCGCAGUCUUUCUGCCGGAAUAUGCUUGUGGCACUCACACGGUUCAAGCGUACAUUACCUUAUGCGCGAGCUUCUGUAAGAGAGCUCACACAUACUCUCCGAUUCCCGCCGGCUCAUGCAGAGCUGUAUGAUGGACCUCACGCAGAAUGGCUUCGAGACUGUUUGGAACACCUACCUCGUCUGCAGUGCCUGAUUGUGGACGGCCUGCCCUUCUUCGAUCACGCAUGUCUUCUGAGCCUGCGACACUCAAGCCUACAAUGGAGGCUGACUCGCCCCAACGCAUAUCCGGUGUUCAGCCUACGCCUACUAGAUGCUUCCAGCUGUACAAAUGCUACAUCGAUGGGCCUUGCAGAAGCUUUACCGCACUUUCCAGAUCUUGUCUCGCUGGAUCUAUCAAAGACCGCAGCCGCGAGAGAUAAGGCGGUUCUUUCGACCUUCAAGUACCUCCGAAAUCUGCGCGUGCUGAAUCUUCGUGGAAUUGGCAUCAGGGAUGAGGAGUUCUCAGUAGUUGCGCAUGCAAUCAGCAGCCGCGUCAGAAGCCUUGAUAUCAGCAACAACCUUUUGACGGACACUAGCGUGCGCCUCCUUCUUGAACUGUGCUUGAAAGAGAGGGUUGUUGUGACGCAUUCUUCUCGUGGACCACUGGCGCCUGUCGAGAACGCGAACCCAACCGAUGGACCAGAGACCUUUGAGUCUGAAAACCUCGUGGGCCAUCUUCGCAAGAAGCUUACAGGCGGCUUCAUUGGCAGCCUAAGCAUUGAGGAGUCGAGCGAUGUCGGAGUCUCGCACUUGUAUCUCUCCAGUAACGCAAUAACUGUUGAAGGCAUAUCGGCUUUGCUGCGAUCAAGACGCCUGCAAGUCCUAGAUGUGGGUAUACUACCCGCUGUAGUGACGCAUCCUUCUAACCUCACGCUCGAAACACCGAAUGAUGACUUGGGACUACCUAGCGUAUCAAAGCUUACUCCAGUACUUGCAGAUUAUGCUUCACCUAGACUGCGCUACUUGCGGAUCAACUAUGAGUUGGUGACAGAAGACGCCCCUUUUGAAACGCCCAAUUCGCCGCGCGCGGAACUCACUGGGGACCUUGCCAUCUACAAACCUUCAAAUGCGCAUGAGCUCGAGGCUGUAGGGCCACCGACACCCGAACUCGACUCCAUCCCGAUAGCUGUACACGAGGUUCCAGGGGACUCAUCAUAUCCGGUUGAGCUUCCCGGCUCACCUGUAACACCUCAACUCGCUGAAAACGAUAGGCCAGAAUCAGAGUCUGCCGAUGGUGAAAGGCGAGACGCAAAAAGCGUUCCUAAGAUAUGCGUUACUCCACAAUCACUGCAGAUUAACCGAGAUCCUGCCUGCGCUCCGGAAGUCAUACCUGUAGACUCGCCAUUGAGCCCUCUUAGCCCACUGGGAAACGGGAUCUACCAACCUCACGCAGCUGCAAACAGACAUGAUCCUGGAGAACGCCUUUCAUCAUCUACGCCGGCCCACGGCAACAGUACACUGGAUCAAUUGACCACCAAGACUACGCCAAGGUCACGAGGCAAUUCGUUCUACUACAUCGAGGACAGAAAAGUCCGACUGGACUUUCGCCAAGCAAGUGAACCUCGACUACAUCCUGGGAUGCUUCCGAAGCUUCACACUCUCGUUCUGACGGAUGUGCCGACCAUGACCAGCGAUAGGAAAAUUGUUCAUCGGAUUAUACAGUUUAUCAAGGAUGCAGCCGAGGAGGCUUCAAUCGCCAAGCAACGGGCCAGGCACACUUAUGUUCUACCGCCAGGACGUAGGCGUGCCAUAGCAGAAGAAGAAUACGCACGAAACCAGUUUGCCCUUCGGAGAGUAGUACUUGAAAUGGCGGCGCCUCAGUCAGCGCCUAAGAAGAUCUCCAGUAGCUGGCGGGCUUAUCCAACAAAGUCGACUACUGAAGAUGCGGACUCUGAAGCAUUUUGGGAGGCAGCAACGCAUGACUUCUCCUUCUUCGACGAUGAAGAGUGCGGACAGCCUGGUCGUGAGCCAGGCCGUACUCUGCCCUUGGCAGCUAUGAGCGGAUUGGAGCUUGCACCUAGCAAUCCCAUCUUACCAGUGGACACAAGUAAGAAUGUUCAUGAUACAAUUCCGCUCAUCGAUGUAGUGGGUGAGAUUGGCAAGUUUCGGCGAGAAAGGAAGGCCGCAUACAAUAAUUUAGUGGAGAUGGGCGAGGCUGAAUCUGAUGUAGAAGGGUACUGGUCUGGGGAUAUCACGGUUCUGAGGAAGCCGGUGAAUUCAGAAGCUGGGGAACUCGACUGUUACGGUAACCGGUAUGAAUUGGGUUGGUUCUACCGUUGA